AGCGCUCGCCAAGCUGAAGCCACCAUUUGUUAUUCUUUCCUUGUUGUGCCACAUCACAUCACACCCUAUCAUGAACUAUCCAUUUUCCUGGGAGUAGAUAAACCGUUGAAAAAAAACUAAACUAAUCAAGAAAAAGCCUUGUGGAAAGCUUUCAAAUUUGGGAAGAAAGAAUCAUUCGUUGCCAUUUGCCUCCCAACAUGGCAUUGUCCAUCGCUUCCACUGCACUUUCAAGCGUCCCAAACAGGGAAUUGCCGUUGAAGCUUAAUUCCUCUGGAAAAAUCUCAAAAUGCUCCUUGUUGGGAAAAACUCGGGUUAAUGCAACAAAAGGGGUUUCAACUGUUUGUGAGCCACUCCCUCCGGAUAGACCACUAUGGUUCCCUGGUAGUUCACCUCCUGAAUGGCUAGAUGGCAGCCUUCCCGGGGACUUUGGCUUUGACCCUCUUGGAUUAGGAUCUGACCCAGAAUUGCUUAAAUGGUUUGCACAAGCUGAGUUGAUACACGGAAGGUGGGCAAUGCUAGCAGUAUCGGGAAUCCUGAUUCCAGAAUGGCUUGAGAGGCUAGGAUUCAUAGACGACUUCAAUUGGUAUAACGCUGGUGCUAGAGAGUACUUUGCAGACCACACAACCUUGUUUGUGGUGCAACUGGCGCUAAUGGGCUGGGUUGAGGGCCGAAGAUGGGCCGACAUGAUAAACCCGGGAUGUGUGGACAUUGAGCCCAAAUUGCCCCACAAGACGAACCCAAAGCCCGAUGUGGGGUACCCGGGUGGGCUGUGGUUUGACCCGUUUAUGUGGGGAAGGGGGUCUCCGGAGCCUGUGAUGGUGCUGAGGACAAAGGAGAUCAAGAAUGGCCGUCUUGCAAUGCUGGCUUUUGUGGGAUUUUGGUUCCAAGCUAUUUAUACUGGGAAUAAUGACCCCAUUGAUAAUCUAUUUGCUCACCUUGCGGAUCCUGGUCACCGCAACAUUUUUUCGGCUUUUACUUCACAGUAAACGUUGUAGACUACAGAAUGGAAACGUAGAAGAAGACGUUGAAAAUGUUGCCACAGCAAAUCCGCUUGCCUCUAGGCUCUAUGUAUGUGCUUCAUAUAAUUAACUUCUUUCCAUUCUUUUUAAUCAAAGCAGAGCAGUUGUAAAUACAAAGAAGUCAAGUAUUUCUCUUUGCA